AUGGCCGCAGCUUAUGAUUCCGAUCAACCUCUUCCCGGGGACUCCGCCGUCACCGGAUACGACCCGAGCUACGUGCCGGACUCCGUCAAGUCGUUCGUGGUCCACAUGUACCGCCACAUUCGAGAGAAGAACGUGUACGAGAUUCACCAGAUGUACGAGACGUCGUUUCAGAGCAUCAGCGACAGGUUCUUCAAGGACUCCCCGUGGCCCUCCGUGGACUCCGUCGCGCCGUACGUUGAUAACGAUCACGUCUUCUGCUUGCUGUAUCGCGAGAUGUGGUUCCGCCACUUGUACGCCAGGCUCACACCGACUCUCAGGCAGCGGAUUGAUUCGUGGGAAAAUUAUUGUAAUCUGUUCCAGGUUGUGCUGCAUGGAGUGGUGAAUAUGCAGCUGCCAAAUCAGUGGUUGUGGGACAUGGUUGAUGAGUUUGUUUACCAGUUUCAGUCAUUCUGCCAAUAUCGUGCUAAGAUGAAGGCCAAGACAGAGCAGGAAAUUGCACUUUUGCAGCAAUCUGAUCAGGCGUGGAAUGUGUAUGGUGUCCUCAAUUUCCUACAAGCACUUGUGGAGAAAUCUGCGAUAAUUCAAAUUCUAGAUCAGGAGAAAGAAGGCCUUGAACAUGAGCAGUUCACGGCUACAGAUGGAUAUGAUUACAGUGGUGGGAGUAAUGUCUUGAAGGUCUUGGGGUACUUCAGCAUGAUCGGCCUUCUUAGAGUUCACUGUUUGUUGGGUGAUUAUCACACAGGCCUCAAAUGUUUACUUCCUAUUGAUCUAAGUCAACAAGGCGUGUACACCAGUGUUAUUGGUAGCAACAUUACAACUAUAUAUCACUAUGGGUUUGCAAAUCUUAUGCUGCGAAGAUAUACAGAAGCCAUUCAGAUAUUCAAUAAAAUCCUCAUCUACAUCUUCAAGACCAAGCAAUACCACCAGAAAUCCCCUCAGUAUGAGCAGAUACUGAAGAAGAAUGAGCAGAUGUAUGCUUUGCUUGCUAUUUCUCUUUCUCUGUGUCCUAAGGUACAGCUCGUUGAGGAGACUGUGAACUCUCAAUUACGGGAAAAAUACGGUGAGAAAAUGAUGAGGAUGCAGAGGUAUGAUGACGAGGCAGUUGUGCUGUAUGAUGAGCUCUUCUCCUAUGCGUGCCCAAAAUUCAUCACCCCAUCAGCUCCAAGUUAUGAGGAGCCUCUUGUAAACUACAACCAGGAUGCCUACAGACUGCAGUUGAAGCUGUUUAUUUACGAAUUGAAGCAGCAGCGACUGCUCUCUGGUGUUCGGACAUUCUUAAAAGUGUACUCGACAAUCUCCAUUCCAAAGCUUGCUGCAUAUCUGGAAGUGGAUGAGCCUACUCUUAGGACAAUUUUGAUGACGUAUAAACACAAGACGCAUGUUGUGGAUUUGGAUGGGAAAAUCACUUCAAAUGCAGAUAUAGACUUUUACAUUGUUGAUGAAAUGGUUCAUGUGGUUGAAUCCAAACCGCCAAAGAAAUACGGAGAUUACUUCAUGCGCCAAAUUGUCAAGCUCGAAGGGAUAAUGACGAACAUUGACCGGGUAAAACUAGAGUAA